GUUACUCAUGUGUUACUUACUCUACAAAGAGUACUUUUUAUUACUCUAUGGACUGUGUGAAUGACUGUGGUUACUUGCCUGCUGUGAUUUUUACUUUUCUUGCAAAAACUAUCACAAAAUGGCAAAGAAAACAUACGAUUUAUUGUUUAAACUUCUUCUUAUUGGUGACUCUGGUGUAGGAAAAACCUGCAUAUUGUUUAGAUUUUCAGAUAACCAUUUUACUACUACAUUUAUAUCUACUAUUGGUAUUGACUUUAAAAUAAAGACGGUAGAACUUCGCGGUAAGAAAAUUAAACUUCAAAUUUGGGACACGGCAGGUCAAGAGCGUUUCCACACCAUCACAACAUCCUAUUACCGAGGCGCGAUGGGCAUCAUGCUCGUGUAUGAUAUAACAAAUGAAAAAACUUUUGAUGAUAUUGUUAAAUGGUUAAGAAAUAUAGAUGAGCAUGCUAAUGAAGAUGUAGAAAAAAUGAUAUUGGGAAAUAAAUGUGAUGCAGAGGAGAAACGAGUAGUGAGCAAAGAACGUGGAGAAGCGAUAGCGCGCGAGCACGGCAUCCGGUUCAUGGAGACGUCGGCGAAGGCUAACAUCAACAUCGACCGCGCGUUCUCGGAGCUGGCCGAGGCCAUCCUCGACAAGGCCGCGGGCCGCGACGCCGACCCCGACCACGCGCGCAUCGCCGUCGAGCGCCGCCCCUCGCGCGCGCCCCCCGCCAAAGCCUGCUGCUCCUAAAUUCGUCACACAUGUAGUGGAUUCUAUCAUUUAUUCAAUAAACAAUAUCACGAGGGAUAGCAAAUAUCGAUACAAUGUUUGUUUACCUGAGGCUUACCGUACCGAAGCAGAGAUGUUUCGGUGCUUCCACACUUUUGUUAAGAUCAGUUUGUAAUUAUGCGUUCGCCUUUGUAGAUUAAUGUUUUCUUAUUAUCCAUACGAUCGUUCGCUAUUAUCGCCCUCGUUGCGAUUCUAUGUUAGUUUGUAUAGUGCUUUUAAACCGCUCGUUAUUUUAUCCAGGCUGCCUGGGAGACGGGAAUACCGGUAGAUUAUUUUCGGCCAGGUACUAUAAUAUAUAGCAUGUGUAAUUAACUUCUACUCGUAAGUGUUCAUUUGAGAGCUCCACGUGGCGGUUAUAUUAAGCUUUUGUAUAGUGUUAUUCACGAACGGUGACAUAUCUGCGGAAGCAAUACGUUCUCCCUGCAUUUAUGGACGACGCACACCCCGCGGCCGAGCGGCGGCAAACUAAGCUCGGUUACUUAUGGCUUGUUCGGAAUCGAUGUCUAUUGCAGCUGUAUAUCAAGUUACAGUAAUAUCUCAAUUUUUCCCAAUUGAUUUUAAACUACUUAGUAUUUAAAAGUGAAGAAAUCCCCAAUCUCAAGUUGUCUGUGGGGAUAGAUAGUACGCAUUGCUCUGAAACUAGCCUAGUGUCUCUUAUAAAACGGACAAUAAUAUAUAUAUUAUGUGAGCAUCGAAAGAACGAUACGUAUCGCUAUCCAUAGAACUCUAUCAUUUCUGCUUAGUUCUGCGUUUUGUUGUACGAGACGUUAUAGGUCACUGAUCUCGACCCGUACAACAAUAGGCAAUACUCCGCGGAAACGAUAUAAAGUUCUAUUGAUAGUAGCGACACAUAUCGUUUAUUCUCACCGUUCACAUAAUAGUUUAGGUCAUUGUCCGUUUUCCGACUGCUCUAGAUUCGAUCUACAAAUAAUGCUCCGUGUAUCGGUCUGUAUAUGAAGUGAGCGGUAUUUAGUAUUAUUCUCAUAAUAACUUUGCCUGACCUGUCGGCUCUCGCUACCCUGUGCAAUGUUUGCCGCGCGCUCACUCGACGCAAGACUCCGACGUCCUAGUGGACGAUCGACUAGCCGCGCCUGGGCUAUAUAUUAUCGAUCAUGAGGAUUUGGACCGUUACAAACCAUAGGUAUUUUAUAAUAUACUCUUUAAUAUACGUUGAUCAAUAAAUAAUAUUCUAUUUUAUCGUACGGUGUAUGUGUUUCGUCGGUUUUUACCCGCUUUUAUAAAUAAACAUCGGCAUAUUGUAUAUUAUGUUCAUAUUAAACUACUGUCGUAUG